AUGAAAGUGGCCGAGCAAGUCAUCGACAUGGCGAAAUUCUUGCUACGAUGCUCAUCCGGCGGUCCUCUUAUCAAGCAGCUCUUUGAGCAUAUCAUGUUCAACCCAAAGUUAUGGAUUAAUAGCGAACCUGCGGUCCAGGUUCAUUUAUACAACUAUCUCGCCACUGAUUUUCUGGGAAACACCAACUUCCAUCAUAUCAUCCGACAAGUGGCCACAUUUGGUGAAAUGUGCCAUGCACUGAAGUUCUAUUAUUGGGUAACAGCACCAAAGCCACCAUCUGCAUAUCAGGUAUUGCUGUUGAAGAAAGACCAAGCACGUUUCCAAAUGAGGAUGUUAUUUCUAUUAGGUGUGUUCUCAACCAGUUUACAUGUGUACUUUUUCAAGUUCUCAAUCGGUUUCGGUAUGGAGCAAAAUCCUCAAGAUCUCUUCUUAACCAAUUUUCGUAUGUAA